GUCAAAGUGAAUAAUGAAAUGGCCGCGUAGUAUCAAAGGUUAGUGUAUUGUUCACUUUAUCGAUGUAAAUAUACAAAAUUGUUUAGUAGUAUGUUGUGAAACGAAGGUCAAGUUUACAGCAUGCAAAAUACUUUUACUUUAUUGAUGUAGAAAGUGGAAAUUGAUUCGGGAAAAUGUUUAAACCAGAGUCGCAGAAGGGAACUUUCCUAGAACAGACUAAAGCUGCAAGAGAAGAAAGAGCGUUAGAGAAGAAGAAAGAGAAUGCAGCAAUCACAAUCCAGGCACACAUUCGUGGGUGGCUGGCCAGGUGUCAGUUUCGUCUCCUCAUUCUGGAGGAGUACGACAGAGAGAUGAAGACUAUAAAUGAGGAGGUAAAGUUGGCAGACCUGAAGCCAUCUCUCCACAUGUAUAGAAUCAUCCAGCGAUUUCUAAUGGUGUGGAAGAAAGAACGGGAUAAGGAUAGAUUUGAUAAAUUGUGCAGAUACCUGGUGCUCAGCCUGGAGGCAGAGAACGGCCGAGUCAGCUACGUAGGAGUGGCCCUUAACAAAGAGUUCGCCAUCUCCUGGAUAGCUCAUAUUAAGGACAUUCUCUGGAAAUGCUGUGAAUACCUGGAGGGUCUGAGACCAGAUGUGCCGUCAGAUACUCGUAGUAUUUUGCUGCUACUGCACACUCUGGUGUCCUUCACUGCUACCAACACGUGGGCACUGCUACGAGCCGCUAACAUGGCACCUCUUCGUGUCGGCAUGGCGCAGCUGUGCGCUAACAUCAUGGGCCACCUGUUCAUGCGAGGCUUCUACAUAACACUUAAGGCACUGUUGGUGAAGGGUCUGGCGCGCUCCAAGGUGUGUCUCAAGCACGUCUCCCUCUCCGCAAUCAUGACCCUGGCCACCAGACCUCUGAUCUCCGCCGGUCUCACGGACAAGCUGGUCUCCAUGUUUCUCAUCCACAUCGUCAGUGUACCAGCCCUGAUCCACCACCUGCACACGUUGGCUCCAGAGUGUCUUGGAGUUCUGGAGUCUUCUGACUUCCUCCUGCGAGCGCUGGAGUUGCUGAGUGGUGAGCAGGACAUGAGGAUAGUAUUCAACACCUUGGAGGGUAACUACGCUCUGUGUCUGUUGGCCAACCUGAUACAGUUGGUAUACCUGCAGCGAGAUACCACCUUCCAGCUUAUUCAUUUCCCCAUGUUCACUCUGGUUAUAACACGUCUGCUGGAGUCGUGCCAGCAUUACGUGACGACUAAGCAGUCUAACCUGACCCACUGGAACCCGGUGCUGGGGUGGUUCGCCCAGUCGCUAGACCCCGGCCUUCAGGAGGCUAUCCCGCAAGUGAAGGACCAGCUGUUCCUGCUGUGGAGUCAGCCCGUUGUGGCAGCACUGCUCGGCUCCGCUCUGGACCAGGCGUUGGAACAGUUCCCGGAGACCCCUCCACCACCCACACCCCCUCCAAGCAGUAAUCUCUUCAAACGUGCACUCGAGGCCAGGACAAACAGAGCGAAUGCGGCAAAACAACUGCGCAACAAACUGGGUAGUCCUGAGACGACCAAAGUUGCACUCAUCUGCACUCUCUACCACACUGCACUCAAUACACUCACUCAGCUUCGUCUGGAUAUACUGACUGGUCUAUGUUACCAAGACAAGAUCCUCUAUCAGCUGUGGAGGUUUCUGACCUCGCUAGGACCUCACUGUGGCCUCAAGCCCUUCCUCAACCUGCUCUCUGUCAACACCAAGGGUUCUGCUCCAGAGUUCAACAUUCUCAUAUUGUUCGCUGAUUGCAUGACGCAUUAUGUAACGAUUCUUGAUGACAUUGAAAUGUAUGAGCAACAGAAACCAUUCACACUGAAUGACUACAUCUCAAUGUCCAGCUUUCUCAACCACUUUCUAUUCACAGGCAUCAUGAAUAAUUAUUUUGAACCGAAAAGUAUAAACAGCAAUGGUCUGUUCCAUUCGUGCCACACACUGCUGAUGGUGUUGUACCGCAGAGACUGUCGCCGCAGCUACACGCAGCCCGGUCACUGGCUCGUCAAGGAUCUACGUACAUCUGCGUUCAUGGCCGACCUCGACAAAGGCAAGAAGCCCAACCAGCUGCUGCUGCAGAAGAUGCCUCACGUGAUACCGCACGAGGAGAGGGUGCAGCUGUUCCGCAAGUACGUGGCCAACGAGAAGUCAGUGUUGGGGUUGACGGAGUCGGCCUGCGUCACUCAGAGCAGCACUCUCAUCACUGUACACAGGAGUCGGAUAGUGGAGGACGGCUACCGACAGUUGGCACUACUGCCUGCUCAGGCUCUCAAGGGGGUGAUCAGAGUGCGGUUCAUCAACGAGCAAGGGUUGGACGAAGCUGGAAUCGAUCAAGAUGGCGUUUUUAAAGAAUUCUUGGAAGAAACUAUAAAGCGAGUGUUUGACCCCUCGUUGAACUUGUUCCGAGUGACGUCUGAGGAGCGACUCUACCCCUCCCCCACCUCCUACCUGCAAGACAACCACCUGCAGCUGUUUGAGUUCAUCGGACGCAUGCUGGGCAAGGCGGUCUAUGAGGGUAUCGUGGUGGAUGUUCCGUUUGCCCUGUUCUUCCUGUCGCAAGUGGCUGGCCAAACGCAGCAGGCGCUCUACUCCUGCAUGGAUGAGCUCCCCUCGCUGGACAAGGAGCUGUAUCGUAGUCUGACCUACAUCAAACACCUGCAGGGCCCUGGCGACGUGUCCCAGCUGGACCUGACAUUCUCUGUGGAUGAGGAUGUGUUGGGGCGGCUGGUAACCCACGAGCUGAUACCAGGCGGCCGAGCGCUCACUGUCACCAAUCAGAACAAAAUCAACUACAUCCAUCUGAUGGCACAUUUCCGGAUGCACACGCAGAUACAGAAGCAGACGGCUGCCUUCAUCAGAGGCUUCCGCUCCAUCAUCAACCUAGAGUGGCUCUUCAUAUUUUCCACACCAGAGCUUCAGAGGCUGAUCUCCGGAGACAACGUGCCGCUGGACCUGGUAGACUUGCGGCGUCACACACAGUACUACGGCGGUUUCCACGACUCCCACCGCGUGGUGCUCUGGCUGUGGGACAUCCUGCUGCGCGACUUCACCGAGGAAGAGCGAAAACUGUUCCUCAAGUUUGUGACGAGCUGCUCGAAGCCCCCACUUCUCGGCUUUGCUCACCUUGAGCCUCCGUUCUCCAUCCGGUGUGUUGAGGUCGGAGAUGACGAGGAUACGGGAGACACUAUCGGGAGCGUAAUCAGAGGGUUCUUCACUAUUCGAAAGAAGGAUCCCCAACAUCGGCUGCCGACGUCCUCCACGUGUUUCAACCUGCUCAAGCUCCCCAAUUACCAGCGCAAGAGCACUCUGAGGGAGAAACUGCGCUAUGCAAUCUCCAGUAAUACCGGCUUCGAGCUCUCGUAAACGUUAUACAGGGUGUGCCUCAACUGUGAUUGUAAUGUUAGAUGUAACUUAGGCAUUUCUCUAAAUCACUUGUCCCCAUUGUAUGAAUGUUAGUUACCAUAUUUAUUUUCAGUACCUGUUUUGUAUUUUAAAACUUCUAUAAAUCUUAUUGGUCUGUAAUUUAUAAUUUUUCACAACCCAGGGAAAAUUUUUGUACGUGUUGGAUGUAAUAUUUAAUCAUCAAUGUUUCUGAGUCUAAUGAUGACUCUGGUAAAAUUAUACAAUUCAAAGGUUGUUUCAAAGUGCAAGGAAAAUUUAUGAUAAUUUUUUUAAUUUUGUACAUACUGUCUUUACCAACCCAUACAUUAUCUCUACAAGUUAUUUACUUGUUCUAUGUUACAGAAGGCUACAUAUUUGAUUGGGUUUACAGGUAUAAUAUACAGUACCUUAAGUAGUCGAAGAAACUUUGAAACAGUGUGUGUAAACUUUAUAUGUAUAGUUUUAGUAAUAUUAAUCAGUUGAAUCUCUGUGAGGAAUAUAAAAACGUUGUAUUUCACGAUUUCCACACUGAGAAAGAAAUCUAGAAAGCAAAGUGACAUCAUUGGAGCUCUCUGUUCAAAACUCAAAAUCUUUUUUCAAAAGAGAAUUUUUUUGUGCAAAUGUGGAGUACUGUAUUAAGAGUCUCAAAAAUUAAAUAUCUCGAGAGAGUGGAAAGUGUUCUUGAAAAUAUUUAUAAAUUGUAUUUUUAUGCAGGAUCAUCAAAAAUAAAAAAUUCUUAUCAGUCUCUAAUUAAAUCUUUUAUAACUUUGAACAAUAAAUUUGAAGGAGAUACAGUUUGUGCAAUUUUAGUCAUCUAGUGGACAAAAUAAUACAACUACAAUUAACUUUACUAAACCAAUCUCAAGAAAUGGUAAUUUAUUUAAUAUUAUGAUUGAAAGUAAAAAUAAAUUGAAACCUUAAAAAAGUUAAUGAGUAUCAUUUCGCCAUAUGAAGAAUUUGGUGGAAAUCAGUCUUUUUUUAUCACUGCAAAUGCGUAGCGUUUUCCAAAAGCCAUUUUUUACUCAGGAAAUUCUACUAAAAAUAAAAACAAUAAAUUUUUGAACUAUUUUUUGGUCUUUUGUUUAGGACAAAGCACCAGGCUUUAGUUGUCACGCUUUUCCGUCUGUUUGAUUUGUUUCUUUUUCCAUUAUCAACUAUUAUUAGAAAAAGUUUUAAAAAUGGAUGUUGAUAAAUACUUACGUAACUUAACGUAUUGCUAUCCUAUGUACAAUAAAUACAGGAGGGAAGCACUGCGUCCAUGUUUAGCUCAUAAAUACAAAGAGAAAAAAACUCUUAUGGAUUGUAAUGCUGUACGGUAGCGAAUUACACUUAAACUAGAUUUGUUUUUUUAUUCAAAACAAGUACAAUAAAGAAGUGAAGUGAACACGGAACUCUAAUAUUGCUCACUUGAAGAGAUUCCACUGUUUAUAACAAUAUUAGGAUUCGGUUAAGCGUGCAGACAUUAACUUGCAACUUAAGUAUAGUUGUUAGUUUAGUAAAUUCGGGUGUUUAUAUUAGAUACAUUUCGUGAUGGAAAGUGGAGCGGUUUUGUAAAGAAUUCAUAUUUUAAUCUUCUAUAUUACAAUGUUACGCCCUGUCCACUAUAAAAUAUUUCAUAAUUGUAGAGCUGUUAUUUUUGUAAUCCGGACAUAGGUCAAACCAAACAUCCCCAAGAAGAUGUUGGCUGUCAGACAGCAACAAAAAUAGAUACAUUUUAAUACUUUUCUGUCCAAAACCUAGUUUUAGAUUGUCUGAACAAUCCAUUUUUCAUGAAU